AUGGCACUCUGUGGGAGGAAAAUGCACCGAAUGCCUGGUGCCGUAGAUUUCGUUUGUGCCCUCCGAGAGGCAGGAAAACGUGUCAUUAUCGUGAGUAACAAUCCGAACAGAUCGAUGGAUGAGUAUUUGUCUAGAAUCAAGAGAAUGGGAUUUCAAGGUAUCACAAAAGAAAAUGUGAUAAAUCCCGGUAUUGUCAUGGGUAUGUACUUCCGCGAUCGACCGGAUUACGCCCGACAGCCUGUGUACCUUUUGGGUAAUGAAAAUGUUAAAUAUACAUUGGAAAGUAUUGGUAACGUUUGUUGUUUUGGAACUGGACCAGAGGACUCUCAAAGCUCAGUACAUGAUCUUUCAAUGAAUCCAAAGGCGGUUGUCUCUAGCCUUGAACCAUAUCUCAGCUAUACGAAAAUCAUGAAGGCAGCCUACUUCCUAAAGCGGAGUGAAGUCGAGUUUCUGGUAACAGAUGAGGAUUAUGCUCUUCGUGUGCCGGAGCCAGGUACUGAACUUCCUCGUUCAGGUCAUCCGUCAAGAAUCGUCCAAGCAGCUUCUGGUCGUACCCCCAAGGUUUUCGGAAAGCCACAUAAACCGAUGGCCGAUUUCCUGAAGAAGAAAGGACACAUCGAUCCAGCUAAGACCGUGAUGUUUGGAGAUCGGCUUGAAACGGACAUUCAAUUCGCGAAUGAGAACGGUUUCACAAGCUGUAUGGUACUGACCGGUGUGCAUUCGCUGGUAGAUGCGAGGAAGGCAGAAGAGCGCGGUGAUAUGAAGCUCGUUCCAAAGCAUUUCUUCUCUUUUGUUUCUUCUUGA